UCCUGCCGUCUUCCUACCAAUCUAUUCCUCGGUUCUAAAAAUCCCGUCAUCGCCUAUCCUAUCCACUCCAGCUCCCCCAGAAAAACGAAAACGCAUCCUCGAUUUCAUUGGCCCGCUGUAUCCCCCCAAUCAGCACUAUCCACCCGGGCGCUUAGCCGCCGUUAGACCACAGCCUACCAAAUGCGCCUGCGCCUCGCCGCGAUGCGACCUCGUCCAGCGACCCGUGAAACAAGCCCAGUUUUCCCAACAUGUUCAACCAGUCCCAGGCCGUCAUGAUAGCGCCCGUUGCAUCUUGUCCCCGUCGACGGACGUCUGCUUGCCGCUGGCCUUCGAAGCGCCCGUCUACGAGGCUGCGAUGUAUGUGCCGAAAGUGCAGAGGGAAUCAUGGCUGGGCGCUUGUAGUUUUUCUUUCGUAUUGCAGACAGCCAGCUGUGCUUCACUUUCACUUCUUCAUCUUUUCUACGACUGUUCGCAGUGAAUGAAUGAAACCUGAUACGCUUUACUUCUUUGUUCUUUAAAAACAGGAAAAUGAACAACCAUUAAUAACCAUCGCAUCAAAUAUACACUCUGAGAUGUCCCGUCACUGAUACAUCUCGUACGCCGCCAAUAUAAGCCGAGCCGCCCUUCUCUCGCGCGACGCAAACACCAAAAAAUCUUUGAUUCCCCUCAGGACACUACAGAAAUAGAAUGUCCUUCCGCCAAAAUGUCGUUAUCCAACUAGUCACUCUUUUAUCUGUUUUUAACGCUUCUGUUUCCGCCAUCCGCGCUCCGUCGCAAGUCACUGCCAUCGUCCCCAAGUGCGCCCAGGAAUGCGCCGAGUCGUUCCUCCGAGUCAACUACAACUUUGAAAAAGAUGUCCAGCCCUCGCUGGAGACUCUGUGUACCCAAACGGGUCUCACAGAGUAUACUCUUGGCGAAGCGCUGAUGCAGUGUCUCAAUGCUGAGGUGACUGUCAAGUACUGCUCUCAGCAAGAAGUCAACCAAAAUGUCGUCUUCCAGGCUUACCAUAUCUGCGAAAAUGUACCCCGGGCUAUCAAGCCAACCCACGGCGUCAUCACCGCAACGCUUGCGCUCGCUCCUACAGGCGGCGUCAUGACGUUCCCAGCCGGCGCUGCUACACGAACAAAGACCUCUCAAGAUCUCAUUACUGAGACAAGCCAGCUUACAUUUGCUACGAGCCUCUCUUCCUCUACAAGGACCCCAGGCUCAGGCUCAACAGACGCCGUCACAACACCAACAUCGUCUCCCACCGAGGCUAUCUCAGAGCCUACGAAGCUCUCCAAGUCGCAAAUCACCGGCGUAACCAUUGGCAGCAUCGUCGGUGCAGUAUGCCUCAUUGGUAUAAUUGCACUUCUCAUCCAUUACUGCCGCCAGCGCCGCAAGGCAGAGCGAGGCAGCCACAUCCCAUCGCGAGAUAGCUGGGGCUAUAGCGUGGAGCGUGGUGGCUCUGCCAACUCCAACGAAAAGGACCAUUGGGCAUCGCACCUUGAUCACCCUGCCAUCCCGCCAAUCCCACCAAACAAAACCUACAAUCGCGAUAGCUGGCGUCCGAGUGCUAUAGGGUAUGCUGUCACACCUGCCUCUCGCAACGGCACUGCAUCUACACGAGCUGCCACCGCAACAUCUCCCGGAGACGGCCAGCAAACUCCUAAGAGGCCCGUCUCUAAGCUUCUGCCUGACAGACCUGAUCUCCCCAGUCAUCACAGCCUCUCUCCUCCACAGAGACAGCCGACGCAGAUGGCCUCACCCCUCCAUCAUCCUUCCAUUCGCACCGUUGAGCCGAGCUUUGCUCUAGAGGUGCAGCCAAACACUCCCCCAUUGCCUCAGUCUCUGCAGCAAAAGACACCAACCCUACCAAAACUCAUUAUACCCAAGACUAGACCGAUAAACACCAACGGCUCUACACUCAGCUACGCAUCUCCUCCUCCACAACAAACCUACCAACCAGCACCAGCACCGGCGCAGGCUGAGCAACCAACCCAGGCUAAAACCGCACCUACUCCAUACCCAGAUUCUACCACAAGCACUUCAAAUUGGACGGCCAUCCCAGUAGACCAGCCUGCUAUAGCAGAGCUCGCUAGUCCUGCUUCGACAGUCGAGCCAACAGUAUCGCUUGCACAAACCGCAAUUGUCGGCUCAGCUACCCGCGUACCGCAUACACCCCAUCCUAAGGCGGCACUCCAAUACCCUCAACUACAGGCGACCACUUACAUACCUCCCGUACCAGCACAAAAGCAGACCAAGAUUCCUGCAGCCAUUAAUGUGAACGCCCCUCCUCCCACUCAGCGCAAGGUGAUGCCCUCGCCACUCUUCUCCUCGCACCCUAAUCCACGAUCUGCUUCAGAUCCCGUCGUACGCACGUCACAUCCUACAAUACAGGAGCAGCCAAACGUCCAAUCUCAAACAGAGAUCAACGAGCGACCUCCCGUGGAGCGUGUUCAAUCCAACGACUCCAACAUCACCUACAUCUCCAACAGCUCCGAAGCCCGCAUCACAAGCUUCAUCCCUCAACCGCCUGAGCCUGUCCAAGCCAACCUCUCACCCGUCGUCGAAUCGCCCUUCUCAGAGCCCAAGAUGUCUGCUACAAUCUUCCCAACCACGGCACGCGCAGCAACCGCUUCACCUACCCCACGACCAGGCCAGAUGAUCCCUCCUCCUCGCCGCCCGAUCCAGUACCAGAUCAACCAAGUACACCCCGAAGAGCAGCAGCGAUAUCCUCACAGUCCACAGGAUAUUGUACGCCCCCAAGCUCCUUUCCGGGUACCCUCAUCGGGCGCCAUCUCUCCAUCUACUGGGCCAAGAGCUGACGACAGAGGUCGUCUCCCCUCGUCAAAUCACCAGCCUCGGCAAAUGUACCCCAUUCAUCCGCCUCGCGGGCCGGGCCCUAAUGCCAGUGGUAUGCCGUAUCCACGAGGUGCCCAACAAGGCCACCGCCCAAACAUAAACUUGGCAGCAUCAUACAAUGGGCAGGGCUCACAUAACCCACACGGAAGACCCCAGCAACGUAUGGUGCGCGGUCCAGGGCCUAAGUAUCCCUCACCACAGAUGGCGAGGCCCCCAGUCUGGCAGUAUCCUUCUGGCCAAGCAUCACCAAACAAUCUGUUGGAAAAGCGUCGUGGCCCAUCGAUGGCCCAAGACAUGAUGCUGAAUCCGCCUAAUGGACAGCCAACGUCACAAGCUCUUUGGCAACGACAGAGCCAUCACUAUCCGGCCGUUCCAGCCGCAUUACCUCCCCAGAAUCACAAUUAUAAGCAGCCACCAUAUACUCCGACUCCUACCGACUCCUCUCCUUCUCAAGGCCCUGGUAUUAGAGUGACGCCAAUGAGAAGAGGUCAAGAUCUAAUUUUAGACUUCAACUGAUACGAGAACGUGCAUUUGGAUUUAUUUUUAUUUACGGGGCUGGCCUUGUCACACGUUUCGUUUCGUCCAUUGGGAUGUUUGCGCAGAAGAAAGAAAAUGAUUGUAUAAUGUAUUUGUAUCCCUACAAUAGAAGAACUUAUAGGUUGAAAAGACUUUAUCCACGUUGAAAGACGCUAUUCACGUGCUAAACACCGUGUGUCUCUCUAGCCCCAUCAAUAAUCUGAUUCAUUGAUCCGUCCCGUGGUGUGCGUAUCUUACGGCUCUUGGCUGGCCCUUGAUCGGACAUGCUGUAGGAGCUAAAGUCAAGAUCUUCACUGUCCUCGUUCGAUCUCUUGACGCGGCGAUGUCCCUUGCCUUUGCCUCGAAUAUGUAAAAAUUCCUGCGCAUCCCGCUUGAAGUCGCUCAUCUGGUCAUCAAGUGCGUCAAGCCCUUGAUUCCACGCUGUUCGGUUCAAAUGCGCAUGGACACCAGAAUCAAUCAACCUGUUCUUCUUCCUGAUCUCUUGCCAUCUUGUGAGACUUCCAAGCUCAAAUAUGUUCAUACGUCGUGUCUUGCCAAUCGGGUUGCCAAUCAUUGCUGGUCGCCAAGCCUUUUCCUCUUCAAUCACUGCCUGCAAGUCGUUUGGCAUGGAUGUUCGUCGCAGUGUAGAUUUGCGGCGCAUGUCGAUAAUCUUGUCCAUCUCGUCAAGUUUGCAGGACGGAACAAUUUUUACUUCAACAAAGCGAAUGAGAACCAUUAAAAGAAUGAUUGUCAAGAUCAACAAGAUCCCAG